AUGUUAUCCCAGCGUUUAUUCACAUUAGCAACAGCUCAAGAGUUAGCAAACGUUGCGAGCAUAGACAGGAAACAUGUGGAAGUGGAACCAGGUGUCAGCAAUAUGGUGGGCAACGAUAACAUGGAUGCGUAUGACGACAAACUGGCCAGCGAAGCAGUGGACAGCCUUCAAUUGCAGAUCAAAGAUUUUGGAGAUCUGGAAAAGGAGGAGUGGUAUCAUGGAUGCUUGCCAUUCGAGGACAUAGUUGGGCUCCUCAAAAAUGACGGGGAUUUUCUUAUACGCGAACUCGAACCCGAAGGAGAUCGGCAAGCAAUG